CAAAAACUUAGGACCUGGCUUAUCUGUGAUGGAACGUGGCACGUCCAGCGCUGGUAGGCGUCAAGCCCUUCAGAUAUAAACCGAUAUCAUAUCAAGCUCGUUGAUCCUCCACUUGUGAUACACUUAUAUCCAGUCUCAUCCCUUCUUACUAAACAAGCCGUUUCCCUACUGCACAGUCUCCAUGAAUCGCCAAGAGCAAGUCAUAUCCGACAUUACGCUCGAACGAACACAGAAGGCAUUGGAUAAUGCCAUAUCAAGUUCAAACUCAAUAUCAACUAGAGGGCUCGACAAGUUGAAUCGAGAGGGAGACUCCGUCGCCCAGACCACUCAAGGAUUCGGAUUAGUAGGCGAUUUCUAUACCCAGAAUGCCACAGCCAUCAAGUCGGCGUCUGACGCGGUGGGUGCGGACCUCUCAAAGAAGAAUAUGGGCGACUUUUUGGGAGAGGCGAAGAAGGUGAUGGAAGCCCUAGAUUCUCUGCAACAGAUCCACCCGUUUGUCGGUUUGGCUAUACUCGCUUUCAAGGCUGUCGUGAAUCUUGAGCUAACGAGAAGAGAGAACGAUCGUAAAGUCGGGUUGAUGUUAGCUCAGGCAUCUGACAUGAUGACCAUGCUUCUCCAACUUCAGCACACUAAAGACCCUGCCGUUGUUGGACCUCAUGGAGAGAUUCGGGCGCGACUCGAUCGUGUCUUGGACGGCAUCAAGAAAGACAUCGAGGAUUGCGGAAAUGCCAUUGACAAAUACUACAAGUCGAAAUUCAUGGUGAAAUUCUUCAGAUCAUCCCAUUGGGCUAGCGAGUUCCUUAAAAUUUGCGGCAGCUUUUGCCAGCGAACGCAGGACCUCCAGCUCGCCUUGAAUAUCAGAACAGCAUUGGGAGUUGACAUUGUGAUUGAUAAGCUGGACAAGCUCAUCCGGGUGCAAAGCGAACGUGAAAUAACGUUCGAGAAAGAAGUGCAAAUGCGGGGUGGAAAAGAAAAAUGUUUGGAAAGUGAAGACAAACUAGUGGAGCUGCUAAAGAUCGCCGAGCAACGGGAAGCGCGUCCACAGAAUAAACUGCAUGCCGAUGCUCCUUCCAAAGAUGUCAACAAGCCUAGUUCCAAGGCCACUUCGACCCUCGAUGCCUCGCUGCUCCACGAACUGCGCGCUCCUUUACACGACUUACUCGAUGAGAACCGAAGGCUCUUCAUGUUCAAGCUUGAGACACAGACAUCUGACAUCAAGGAUGCUAUCAAGGAUUCCGAAACACGUAUCAUGUGUGCCUUCAACAGCCGAUUUCGACGGGUCAAGGAUCCGCACCUCCGUUAUAUCUGGAAAGAAAUGAAAUGGACAACAAAUGUCAAGACACUAUACUUUAUUGCAGAACUGCAUGACUAUUAUGUGACCCAUUUCUCCCGCCUCCAUCAUGAAACUCCGCUCCCACAAGCAACGUCGGAUACUUCAUCUUUGGAACUGCGAGUCUCGUCUCCAUCCCCCACCGUCUCCGUCAUGUCAGAUUCAGAAGGAGAAGACCGCGAGCUUCCAGCAAUCGAUUCCGCACACCACGAACUUCCUACUGUCCACUUUGCAGACAAGUGGUGCUUAAAAUAUUUGUCCGUUUUCUAUGUUCCAAGUUUAUCCGAAGGCUUCGACAGCGAUGCGAACGGCUUGGUCAGUAUAAGGGAAGUCAAUGCCUUUACUUCCGCGAUGCCUUCGGACUGGAGUCUGCCACAGGCACUUGCAUACUGGGCUGCAGGUUGGAGAGUCGAUUGUCGAUAUUACCAUACACGAAUCGAACAGGUCUUGAGCAGCAUGGUUUAUGCGCAAGAAGAUGUGCUUCCCGAAAACAGGAGGUGUAUCGCUAGAUACUUGAAUUCAGACGUUAUCGAUGACAUCAAACGGCUCGUGCGUUCUCUUGGAGAGCUCGGAUCUGAGAAUUUUGACUCGGAUCUCGCGCAAUUGACUGAUCGGCGUCGCGAGACUCAGGAGGAGACGUUGGCAAAUAAACUUAACAUCGUGAAGUAUGAAAUCGAUUCCACAGAUUCUAUUAAACUUUUCGGAUCCGGUCGCAUCGAAAAUUUCUUGCUACCUGUACUUUACCUCGUCAUCAGGAGGCAUUUACAGAUCAUGAAGCUUGCCAGCACAGUAAUUCUGGUGGAUAGAGAGCUUGAAUAUGCAACUCAAACCAUAGGAAAUAUACUGGGAGCGGUGUCUCUGCGCGUGGAGCAACUGGCAGAAUCAUUUCGUCAGCAGGGUACCGAUCCAAAAGUGAGAUUCACCUGGUAUGCGCAUGGCUUGUACAACUUUUGGUACAGUCCGGAACUAUGCACAGGCACAGACGACACCGAAUCCUGGAACAAUUUCGGGGUUGAUGAAACUGAGUUGGAGAUUGGCACAGCAGAAUUAAAGCUUGGUCCCUUCAGUCUGGGGGAGGGCGAUCCGGUGUUAGAAAAGCCUACAAAGCUCGUUGCAAUUGGUCCCGCUCAGCGGCCUGAAGAUACCAAGGACGAGUACUUGCGUUUGUCGUGCAUGAAUAAGCUCCACAAUAUGCGGUGGUACUCUUCCUUCGAUGAUAUUCCUCCUUACCUUUCGCCGGGGGACGCGGAAAGGUUGGAUUCCCUGUCUGAGGAGCUGCCUUCUUCAGAUGUCCAACUCUGGGAUUCAUUAGCUGAACUCCAUAUGCGCGGACGAUUGUUUGGAUGUGUCUGCGAUGGAUGUCAUUCUUACAUCAUCGAUGUCCUUCGCCGCUGUGCAGACUGCAAGUCUGAUGAAUAUGAUUUGUGUGCAGAUUGCGAAUCUCUGCCGGUUUCAAAUUACAAAAAUCCAUCCGACCACAAGCCGACACACAAUCUACUUGUUUUCCGCAUGUCGCUACCUACCACUCGCUACAGGCGAGUUCGGUGGUAUGCUAGGAAUUUCUUAUCUACUUGUUUACCCGCCGCAGUACCGCCAGAAGGAUCGUCGACUGCACAAGAAGACGAAUCCGAAACACAAUCAGAUGGACCAGAACUUCCGCAAUCAACAGAAGCCACUCAAGUGGACGUGGCUUCCGCCUCUGUUGAUUUGGGUGAAGGUGAUGAGAAGUUAAGCUCGGGCGUGGCAUUCAGGGGGAUAGCUGGAACCUCGGUCGCGAAUGGGGAUGUCUACGCUUGUGCUGAAUGUGGCGUGAAGAUGAAGGGCAUUUUUUAUGUAUGCCUUACCUGUCAAGAAGACAUUGCCUUGUGUGACGAUUGCGCAUUCCAUGAUGAAUUCCGAGUGGCCACAGAGCACCACCCUCACAAACACUGGCUGAUCAAGAUUAAAGGGAAGAUUCAAGAUGCAGGUAUCGGAACAUCAGACGAACCUGUCGAUAACGUGGACGAGACGACUUCGCUUUCCUUACGAGUCGACAAGCUGGCUGCGAUGGUCGAAUCUCGCUUCACUGAGCUUGAUCUCCGCAUUGGUGGCCUUGUCACACAGGUUAACCAGCUCGUGCAUAGUCUGAAAGCUCAGCUCCCUGCGGAAUCGGUGAACGGUUUGGUUGACUCAUGAAUUGAUUGGCAGACUGUUAUCGAUUUUAUUUUCUGAUUUUCGUGUAUUGUCUCUGACCUUUUGUAACUGUUUCAUUCGGCGGUGCUAACUUACUGAGUCCUUUGUACUUUUUACAUGAGAAUGAUGAAAUAAAGAUGUUUCUUUCC